UAACCUUACAAUUUAGAGGCAUUUCCGAAUUGUAUUUAUUGCUGUUAAAAUUGUCAAAAGCAAUGAUAAUUUUACGUCAAGCAGCGCCUUUAUUUCGUCAUUUAACAAUAAUUAAACGUUUUUAUGCUUCGAAGAAAUUUCCACCCACCAUGAAUCAAAUACAUCAAGAAACCUUAAGAUUCGUUGAUCCGCAAGCCCACAUAAUUGUUUUAUCGGAUAUUUUCACAAAAAUUAGAUCUGCGGAUGUUCACGCUUUUCCGGAUGGCAAUGCAUUUAUAAGUGAGCUUCAUGGUGGACCCGUUAAGAAUUGUACAGCUUCAAUGGAUGUUAAGAUCAGUGAUGAUGAAAAACAAGUUGAAGUUAUUAUUAAAAAAUUAGCGCCUGAGAGCGAUUUUCAUUGCGAAUUGGCGGUACCAGUAAGAGCUCAAGUAACCGUUAAUUCGCAGCAUGGCGCAAGUGUAAAAAACAUAUUUGGCCGAGCAGUUAGAGUCAAAGCUAAACGAUUUAUAAAUGUACGAGAUGUACGAGCCGAAUUCAUACACCUAGAGAGUGAAGGUGAGAAUAUCAGUUGCUUAGGUUUAUUGUUGGGCAAAGAAACUGUGAUAGAAACAAAAGGCAACGGGAAUAUCACAUUGGAUAAGUUGCAAGGUGAAUGUUGCACUUGCACGACUGUAGAUGGUAGUAUCAAUACCAACUGUAGCUAUGUGGACUUCUCAAAGUUUGAAACCGCUUGCGGUUCUUUACUUCUGAAAAACAUUCAUAAACGUACGGAAGUCGUGGUAAAUCAGAAAGGAAAAUUGAAUAUGCUUGGCGUGCAUGGUAAUUUGAGCGUGCAUUGCAAAGGUGGCCUUAUGAAUAUACAAUUAUCGGAAUUGUCCGGGGAUAACGUAAUACGAACAGAAAAUAUGGAAUCGGCUAUAGUCAAUAUAUCUGAAACAAUAGAGAAUAACGCGAACAUAGAGGCUAACAUAGAAAAUGAUGUAAACACAAUAAAUUUGGAUGAUUCGUUGCGGCAUUUAACUCCUGGUUUAAAUGAGAACAAGCAAAAUUUCAAAUGGAAUUCGGAAACGUCUAGAGAAGCAAUUUUAAAAAUUUACUGUAAGAAUGAAGUCACCUUAGGCAAAAGUUCUUGGAUGGAGAUGACAUCUUUACAUAUGAUGCCUGGCAAGCAGAAAAAUAAUUAAAGAGCAUCACUAAGGAUUAAGUACAGAUGUUAAAGUAUAAGAUAUAAUCAAGUAAAAUGCUUUUUACUCUCCAAGAGCAUUCUUUAUUU